GGCAUUGCAUUUGCGGGAGCUUUUGCAACCGUCUCCACUUGCCGGAGGGGUUUGUUGAACAGGACAAGGCACCGCCGGAAUCAUGCCAAAGGAACCUGGGAACGUGCUUACAAAAUUGCUUCAGAACAUACCAGAAAUUGCGGACCGCGAGAAAUCCGCGCGAGGGCCAUGUUGGCACCCUCAGUGAUGACAUACUGUCUCUGUUGUAUGAGCUUAAACAACAUGGAUGCUCACAAGAAGAUAGAGCUAAUGGAGGAGGUGCUGCCCACCGGUUUUCCUCGCUGUGCUGCGGGCCUUAUCAGUGUGCCUAAGGGCCCGCGAUACUGACAACAAUUAUUUUGCGGCAUGCAGUAUUGCAUGCUGCAAUUUCCUGGCCAGAUACUGGCGCCACGUGUGUCAGUUGGAUGUGUCGCCGGCGGCCAGGCCGCCAGGGCCUGCGCACUGCGCGUGGCGCUCGCGGGGGCACGUUCCAGGCCCUGGCGAGGCAGCUAGCUGACGCUGAGGCGGUGGUGCAGGCCGAGAUGGUACGCAGGCAGCAAGCGUGCAGCGGCAGCAGCAGUAGCCGGCGCGGGCAAGGCGGCGGCAGCAGCAGGCGUGACUGAUUGGACAUGCAGGAUGCAUUUACCUGCUGGAAGAACGCAGCCGGCCUCCCUAGCGGCCACAUGACGCUCUUGGAGAGUGUCAGCACGCGGCUGAUGGCUGGGGGCGUCGCGGGGAAGCCACUGUCGCCCGGCUGCAAGUCUCUCGAGGACAUCUUCAGCGAGUUCGAGACCGAGCUACUGGCCGCGCUGGUGUACAUGACACAGCGUUAUGACGGAACGGCUGGGGCGAGUGGCGCUGCCGCCGCUGCCGCUGCUGCCUGCUGACAAGCCCAUCGUGUUCGGCAGCCCCAUCAUCAAUCUGACAUAUCAAGCGCAGGACUGCGUAGACGGGUACUGCAGGUGUGAUGCUGGGACGUUGGGGACUGCGUGGUGGCUUGUGAUAGAUUGUGUUUUGGCGUAUGGACCGUAUUGGAGGGGCCGCUGUGGGUAAAGGCUGGCUUCCCGGACAUACAGCAUCCAACUUACUAGGGUACCGUAAGCCUGUUGCUGUCGGCGAGGUAUGAAGGGACACGAUACGCGAGCGCCGGUGCUGCGUACCGUAGACAUGUGGUGUGUGUUUGAGGAGGGCGGGGUACCACGAGGCGGGGCACGUGACAGCAUGGUUGCGGAGCCGGCUCACACACGCGUACUUGGCCCUCUACCGCCCUGUGCGAUGCAUUGCGUGCGUGCACUCUUCAGCCAGCUUCAAGGAGUCAUGCCUUGCCCGACUCUGCCUCUUCCUGUCAGGCUGUAACAAAGUGACCUGUCAGCCCGAGAUGCGACGGUGUCACCGUCGCCCAGGUCGACAGCUGUCGCGGCGGACUUGCAGCGGCUGCUGGCGGGUCCCUCCCUGCGCUGCACCGCGCCCACAAUGGGCCUGCUGGCGGCGCUGUGUGCGGCGGACGGCGGCAGCGGCUACGGCGCGCCGAUGGAGUCGCUGGCGGCACUGCCCAUGGCGGCUGGUGCAGACCAGAGCGAGGCGGUGCUCUCAUGGUCGGCGGAGCAACUAAGCUACGUGAUGGCGUCGAGACCGCGUGCGGGCGGAACCGCCGAGCCGCCAGCAGCGGGGCUGGGUGCCGCGAGUGGGGUCGCGGGAUCUGGUGCGGAGCCUGAGGUGCCAGUGGAGCAGGUGGCGCGGAAGCGGCGCAGCAGGUGGCGCGGCAGGCGGCACACGGGCGGGCGCAGCACAAAAAAAGUAGGCCGGGGCGGGCCUCUACGGGCCCGGCGCAACAGGAGGAUGUGCCGCAUUGGCACUCCAUUGCUCCCCCGCGCUCGGCGGCCCUGGCUACUCAGACGCGCAUGGAAGUCCUCGCGGUGUACUCCAUAGCCCACAGUGCCCGCAUCGCCGUUGCCGUCCUCCUACCUGGCUCGGAUGCGGCACGGCAGCGUGUAGCUGACACGGCGGCCGCGCUGACGGCUGAGUGGGAGCGGCUGUGCAGCUACUGCGACAGCAGUACGCGGCGCCUUGGAUGGGAUGCAGCAGGACGAGCAGCCACAGCAGCCGGAGGCGGGCAAGGAGCAGGUCCGGCGGCAAGUAGCGGCAAGGGUCCGCACCCGUCGGUCCGCUUACUUGAUCGGCGCUUGGCAAUGGAUUCAUGCCUAAGAGCCCUGCGGCUGACUCAGCACAAUCUGACUCGGCCCCGCAGCAGCGUUGCAGACAACACCGGCGGCGGCGCGGGGCCCACCGGCGAUAGGUCGGGCGCUGGCGACCUUGAGUGCCCUCACGCGGCGGCGCGGUGGUGGCGCCAGCUGGUGCUGCUGCUGCGGCAUUGCCACUCGUGGGCGGGUGUUGUGCCUGGGGGGCAGCUCGUGGGGGCAGCUUGUCGCGCUGCCGCUGUCGGAGGCCGGCGGCCGGCGGCUGGCACGGCGGUGCUCCAACCCCGCUUGUAUGCAUGCAGCUGAAGGGCGGCAGUGGGGCCGAGGUGGUGGUCAAGGCAGUGGGGCCGAGGUGGUGGUCAAGGCAGUGAGGCCGAGGUGGUGGUCAAGGCAGUGAGGCCGAGGUGGUGGUCAAGGCAGUGGGGCCGAGGUGGUGGUCAAGGCGUGCGGUGGCGGCUGCGGCGGCGCGGUGGCCUACCGCUGCCGCGAGUCGCAGGUGGCGCACUGGAAGGAGGGGCACAAGGCCGCGUGCGGCAAGGGCCUAACAGCAGCUGCGGCGGGUACCGGUGCUGGUAGAGCGCCGCAGUGAUGAGAGGUUAACGGUGCCGAGAAACUAUUGCGCUGUCGCAUACAGCACUGGUCACCAGAGAGCGUGUAAUGGAGCUGAGCUGGUGUGUUUGUGGUUAGUUGGCGGUUGACUGGUUUGCAUGUGGGCUGCCCCAUUUUGUGUUCUGACUGGUGCCGUACUCAUGUCGGCAGGUACCAGGUAGCAUGUGCGGAUCUCGUACGUACGGUGGAUGCUGAAGUCAGAUAGCGGUAGUUGGCCAGACUUCGUCAGGGCUGCUUAUGGCGGUGCGAGGCGUCAAGGAUGUGCGGACAUCAAGCUCGGAGAGCGUACCGUAAUUGGUUGGCAGUCACGUCGGUAACCCUGCGCAAAGCCGCAUUGGUUGGAACGCGUGCGGUGAAUACCUGGCAAGCGGUCAUCCCCCUGUCAGUCGCCUGAACAUGAACGGGACCUUGGGU